UUCCUGAUGUAAACAAACCCAGUAUUUCGUCAGAUACUGUCAGACAGAAGAGACUUCCGUGUGUUUUUAAGUGCAUUUGUAACCACAGCAAGAUGAAGGUUAAUGAUGUUAUGGCAUGUAGUUUCCCAUCAUGGUAUGAGAAAUUUAAGAAGUGCACGAUUAAGAGCAUAGUCAUACCAUUGACAACGGAUGUCUUGGCUUACAUGCAGGACAAUGGAACACUUGUUCUGCCUGAAGGUUCACAACCAGAGCCAGAGUAUAGAACAAAUACUGAAGAUGAAAGUGAUGCUUAUGAAGACUGGGAACACUGCAGGACCACUGGUACAUCAGUGGAAGGGCCAAAGUUGGAAGAAUUCAAUGCCAAGGUGAAUGAUGCUAUAAAAAAGCUUGGAGGAAGUGCCUUUCCAAAACUAAACUGGAGUUCCCCAAAGGAUGCUUCAUGGAUUGCCCUAAAUAAAUCUCUUCGAUGCUCAACUGCUGGAGAUGUCUACUUGCUACUGAAAAGCAGUAAUUUUGUUGCUCAUGACCUCACCUCACCCUUUAAGGUAAACUAUGAGAGGAAGUGA